AUGGCUGACCGCGAGCCUCCAUACGACCCCUAUAUCCCUGCCGGCGGUGCUGGGGGUGCCGCAGGUGCCGCAGGUGCCGGUGGAAACUCUGCACAAAAUGGAAACCAAAGAACUGCGGCGUUGCAAGCUCAAAUCGAUGACACCGUCGGUGUGAUGCGUGAGAACAUCAACAAGGUGUCUCAGCGUGGCGAACGCCUCGACUCCCUCCAAGAUAAGACGGACAACCUGGCUGUUUCUGCGCAAGGCUUCCGCCGAGGCGCCAACCGAGUGCGAAAACAAAUGUGGUGGAAGGACAUGAAGAUGCGCGUGUGCUUGGUGGUCGUCGUCAUUAUUCUGAUCAUUGUUAUUGUCGUUCCUGCUGGUAAGUCACCAUCACAAACUACCGAGAAUAUCGUUGCGACUGACCCGAGUGCAAUUCUGCCGGCCAUCCUUCUUCCUCUCCCCUUGUUUCGAAGCUGCCGCAUGCUCGCCGGCAAGAUGCUCGCUGUUCGUCCUGCUGUGCGGAGGGCCGUGGUGACUCAGUCGUCGCUGCGUACCAUCUCCGCACCGCGGGCUUUUGCUCUCAGAGCUCUGCCCAGCGUGCGACGACAGCCUGUCUCUCUGACAUCGCAGACUCGCUCGUACUCUCGUCCUGCCGACCCCCAGCUCUCCACGCGGUCCACCGUUGUGCAGCUCCUCAGCAAUAUCGGUUCCAAGCGCGAGGUCCAGCAAUACCUCUCUCACUUCACCUCGGUUUCGUCUCAGCAGUUCGCCGUGAUCAAGGUCGGCGGUGCGAUUAUUACUGAGCAUUUGCAGAACCUUUCUUCUGCCCUUGCCUUUUUGAACCAUGUCGGCCUGUAUCCGGUCGUCGUGCACGGCGCCGGGCCCCAGCUGAACAAGAUGUUGGAAGAUGCAGGCGUUGAGCCGCAAUUUGAAGAUGGAAUUCGUGUCACCGAUGGAAAGACUCUUUCUCUGGCGCGAAAGCUCUUCUUGGAGGAGAACUUGAAGCUGGUCGAACAAUUGGAGAACAUGGGCGUGCGCGCCCGUCCCAUCACCACCGGAGUGUUCUCGGCCGACUAUCUUGACAAGGAAAAGUAUAAACUGGUGGGAAAAAUUAACAAGGUGGACAAGAAACCUAUCGAGUCAGCUAUCGAGGCUGGAUGCCUGCCGAUCUUGACUUCAAUGGCCGAAACUCCAGACGGUCAGGUUCUCAACGUCAACGCUGAUGUUGCUGCUGGCGAGCUCGCUCGCUCUCUACAGCCUUUGAAGAUUGUCUAUCUCGCAGAGAAGGGCGGCCUGUUCAAUGGUGAUACCGGCGAGAAGAUCUCCGCCAUCAACCUGGAUGAGGAAUACGAUCAUCUUAUGACCCAGUGGUGGGUGCGACACGGUACUAGACUGAAGAUCAAGGAAAUGAAGGAUCUUCUCACAGACCUCCCUCGUACAUCGAGCGUUGCCAUUAUUCACCCAGCAGACCUUCAAAAGGAACUUUUCACCGAUUCUGGAGCUGGUACCUUGAUCCGACGGGGCAACAAGGUGCACAUCAAAUCUUCCUUAUCCGAAUUCGAGGACAUCAACGCUCUCAAAGACGUUCUUAUUCGUGACCGGGAGGGCCUAGAUGCCAGGGCUACAGUUGAUCGCUACGUCGAGGGUCUUGGAGACCGCCCGUUCAAGGCGUAUUUCGACGAUCCCAUGGAAGCAUUGGCCGUUGUCCUGCCCCAGCAAGACUCCGCUUUUGCUCACUUGGCUACCUUUACCAUCACAAAAUCAGGCUGGCUCACCAAUGUUGCUGAUAAUGUCUUUACCAGCAUUAAAAAGGAUUUCCCCAAGCUGGUCUGGACUGUGAAGGCAGACGACGAGAACCUUACUUGGUUCUUCGACAAGGCCGACGGCAGUCUAUCUCGCGGCGGUGACGUUGUCUUCUGGUAUGGUUUGGAAGAUGGCGAUGAAGUCAAGGAGCUGGUCCGUGAGUUUACUCAGCAUGGACGCCAAAUGUUCGGUGAUUACAACCUCGAAGCAAGACUGCAUCGCGCCGCCCAGGCUGCCCUAGACGUCAGCAGUGCUGCCCAACAAAAGCGCUCGUAUUCGACAAUGAGCUCUGCUGUCAACUCCCUGCGUAGCUAUCGCCGUGGCAACAACUUGAUGACUGGCCGUCGGUCAUACAGCACCACCAACCCUAAUCCUCCCCUCGGCGAGAAGAAUAACUCCAACACUCGCCCCUCCAAGGUUGCCCUGAUUGGAGCACGCGGAUACACUGGUCAAGCUCUUAUCGGCCUCCUCAACUCUCACCCAAACAUAGACUUGCGACACGUCUCUUCCCGUGAACUUGCCGGCACGAAACUCGAGGGCUAUGACAAGCGGGAAAUCAUCUAUGAGAACCUUACCCCUGAAGAUGUGCGCCGAAUGGCUUCCAACGGAGAUAUCGACUGCUGGGUCAUGGCUCUUCCCAACGGAGUGUGCAAACCCUUUGUCGACGCUGUCGAUCAAGGAGCUGACAAGGGAAAUUUGAUUGUUGAUCUCAGUGCCGACUAUCGAUUCGACUCAUCUUGGGCGUACGGCCUCCCAGAGUUGGUCAACCGGUCUACUAUUGCGCGCGCCAAUCGCAUUGCCAAUCCUGGAUGCUAUGCUACUGCUGCCCAAGUCGGUAUUGCUCCUCUAGUGCCUUACCUCGGCGGACAACCCACUGUUUUUGGUGUCUCGGGCUACUCCGGCGCCGGCACCAAGCCCAGCCCCAAAAACGACGUUAAUAUCUUGACAAACAACAUUAUCCCCUAUAGUUUGACGGACCAUAUCCACGAGCGAGAGAUCAGCACUCAAUUGGGAACCAGCGUCGCUUUCAUUCCUCAUGUCGCCGUUUGGUUCCAAGGUAUCCAUCAUACUAUCAGCUUGCCUCUCAAAGAGGAGAUGUCGUCGCGAGAUAUCCGUAACCUCUACCAAGAUCGUUAUGCCGGCGAAAAGCUCGUCAAGAUUGUCGGCGAGCCGCCUCUCGUGAAGGAUAUUGCCGGCCAGCACGGCGUCGAGAUUGGUGGUUUCGCGGUGCACUCCAGCGGUAAGAGGGUUGUUAUUUGUGUGACAAUCGACAACCUGCUCAAGGGUGCUGCCACGCAAUGCCUUCAAAAUAUGAACCUCGCACUUGGAUACUCCGAUCACGAAGUGCUCACCUCCCAAAAGCAUGGCGUCGCUACCAUCUGGCUGGUGGCGACGUUGGGUCCCAGGACAACGUCCAAAAAAGUCAACAGAAAAGCCAUCCUUGGAGUUGACGUGCCUCGUGCGUGCGACACAAUCAUGAACCCCGAAGCUCCCAUGGCCCUACGACUGCAAGGGAACCUGCUGUAUGGCGUAUCGAGGGUCUACAGCCGCCAAUGCCUGUACACUCUCACCGACGUGCAAUCCAUGCUCGACAGAAUGAAAACUGCCCUAAAGGUCGUCCAUGGUAGAGGGCUCAACCCAGAUGCAGGCAAGGCCAGACCAGAAGAGCUCAUUGUCCCGUACGAUCCAGCCUUCAUUCCCGAGUUCACUCUCCCUGGUCUCGACGUUGACCUACUGAAACCUACCGAGUUGAUGCUUUGUGGCCCAGACCUUAACUCAAGUGUACUUUCUUCUCACCUGAGCGCCUCCAGCCCGUCCCAGCUGGGCAACACUCUCCCUCAAUUGGACAUCCCAUCCCCAAGCUUUGUGGCUGGAGAGUUCGGUGGCUUUUCUUUUCAAGGCUACAGUGGGGACGUUUUUGUCGACACAGCACUCGGUGAAGAAGGCGUGUUGCUUCGUCCAGACUUUGACUUUGAUGAGGAAGGGAACAUCGUUGAACUUUCCAUAGACGGCGGAAUGGACGGUGGAUUGGAAGUACAAGUCGAGACACCGGUGAGGCCUCAAGGAGAACACGCUGAAGCGCCGGAAGAUGUCACCAGGCCCCCUCAGGAUGAGGAUGUGAUGGUCCUUCAAGACGAUGAUCUUAUUCGUGCCGAUGAACUUGAUCCCCGUGACAGUCCUCCUCCAACUUCGGGUCGCCUACCUGAUCCUGACUACGUCGAGGGAAAUGCGAGAAGUGAAAAUGCCGCAUAUGGUCGCAAGCAACGAGGUGCUAGAAAGAUACAGCUGGACGUAAGCACACAGAUUUCCAACGCUGAGCUGGUACAGUGGGAGCAAGAAUACCUACAGAACAUGUCUCUUGCUGAGAAGCAAAAGUCAUAUGCUAGACUCGUCGCACAAGCUAGAAAGAAUGCAGCACUGUGGGUCUUUGGCUGCGGAAUUGGCUCUGUAGGGCUUGGGGUUGGUGGCUCAAGCGUGGCACAUCCUUUGCAAUCAUUCUGUGGAAAACAGCUUUUAGCUGCGCUGUCCGAUGGAAAUGGUGACAGCGAGAGCGAGCAGGGUCGUAAGCGACGCUCCAGCGAGAUUGGCCAAGACAAAAUAGACGGCUCGAGACGCGUGCGCCGCAGAACAAGCGAGGAAGUUGAGAUGGGUUUGGCGCGUGAGUAUGAAGCUGGAGAGUAUGAUACAGAUAUGCUGGUGCAACGGGAUGUUGAGCUUGGGCUUGGUGCCCCUGCGUCUCUUCCGGAUGAGACUUCUUCUCAGAUGCCGUGGAAUAUCACAGCCUCUCUGCAAGGAUCAGUGGCCGGUUCUUCUAGUAUCCCUCGCCCCUUUGACAGCUUCGACCGUUCGUCUCGUCGGCAUUUUGGGCGUUCAAACAGACUGCCUGGUCGCUUUGCCAACCUCAGUCCACUCGCUGGUCGCGGUUUGCGUCAGGAUCUGUCUGGAUAUGAUCGGCUGAGCAGCUUGUCCCUCGACGACUUUGGGGAUAUCAACGACAAUGACAUGGGGGCAUACCUGGGCGAAGACAUUCCACUGGAGGAUGCCGACUUGUUUCGUGACGCUGAAGGUCUAGAUGCGGCUAAAACUCAAGAGACCGUGUCGAGCCUAGGUCAUGCCGACAGGAAUUUCUUUGAUUUUCUAGAAUCUCGGGUGCAAGCUGUCAAAAAUGACGGCGACCAGGCCCAAGCUAAUGCUGGAACCAUGCCACUCCAAAAGAUGGGCUUCUCUAGCAUCUUCCCGGUCGAGUCUACGUCUCGCUCAGUCGCAACCCAGGCGUUGAUGCAUGUGCUGACCCUCGCGACCAAGAAUGUGAUCCGGGUGUCGCAGAGACGGGCUACUCGGGGGUUGCCUUACAGCAUGGAGGACCUCGGCGAUAUUUACCUGGCGGUUUGA